AAAAAGAAAUCAGCCCCCAUUUCUUUCUCUUUUCUUUCAGACGAACUGAAGAUCCCAAACCCCUCAAUCCCUUUUCUCGACCGCUCCAAAUCGCCGCCAUGGCCGGUGGCCGGCGUCGCGCGACGGAGUUCCCGAUCUGCGCAGUUGAAGCAUAUUCAGAGGGCCUGAACUUUUGGAAGGGGAGUCGAGGAGAAAACAAGACCUUUGGCCCCUCUCGAGCCCGAAUCCGACGACGGCAAAGGACCAUCGCCGGCCAGUCCAAGGGCCGAUUCAGGUGUCAGACGCGUGAAGGAGCGGGAGCGGCGCAUAUGGUGGUGGCAGAGGCAUGCGUGAGGAGGCUGGUGGCUAGGGGUGGACUUAGAACAGGAUUACAAGUUUGACAAGUCGCAGAUUUGGCCUAGGGCUCUAGAUGAAUAAAGGAAACUUGGAGUUUGAUUAAA